CGGUAAUCCGAGAAAAAUGGCAUGAUCUGAUAAGACUCACAACUUCCUGUCCGACCCAAAUCUGUCCUUAACCGAUCUAGUGAAUGAAUCAGAAUUAUGGAAGUAUGGAGAGAAAUGAUCCAUCUGCUGAUGGCUUUUACAGUAAUCAUUUGGUAGAAAGUCAUUUAAUCAAUCAAGAAAGACAAGAAGCAGUUUCACCAAGGACUCAAGUCGAUCAACACUCAGACAUCACUUUGGAAGGAGUUUCAAAAGUACAAGCCAUUGCCGCGACUUGGUCAAGAAAAUCAAUUAUCUUUGCAUAUCUGGGUCUUUAUUUAUUAGCAUUUGCUUCCUCAUUAGAACAACAAACUACUAUUUCUCUUCAAAGAUAUGCCACCAGCAACUUCUCUGCACAUUCUAAUUUGGCUUCGAUCAAUCUUGUUAGCAACAUUCUCUUGGCCGUUGUUCGAGCUCCUAUGGUUAAAGCAGGUGAUGUGUUUGGCCGUACAGAAAGCUUAACCCUAGCUCUAUGCAUGACUGUUUCGGGAUAUAUCCUCUUAGCCUGCUCACGAAACAUUGGAAUGUUUACCCUUGCUUAUAUCAUCUACAUUUGUGGUCAAACUGGCAUUGGGAUUCUCUCCCAGCUUAUUAUUGCAGAUACAUCUUCUUUAUUGAACAGGGGAAUUUUAUCCGCUAUUCCUGAGCAGCCCUAUCUUCUUACUGUCUGGAUGGGUCCUGUCCUUGCCCAAGCAUUUCACCCUGAGAGAACCCUUGGUUGGAGAAUUGGAUACGGCAUUUGGGCUAUCAUCCUUCCUGUAGUAUCUCUUCCUCUUUUACUUUCACUAUAUUUUAAUCAGCAAAAAGCAAAAGCAGCAGGCCUGUACAGAGAACACCAUCAAUUCAUGAACCAGUCUAAUUUUUAUAACUUUUGGCAUGAACUAGAUGGCGUCGGAAUAUUGCUAUUUAUUUCCGGAUUUGGGCUGUUUCUCCUUCCUUUUUCACAUUCUAGCAGGGUUGUUUCUCCCGAUUCGAGUAUAUUAACCGUCCUCAGCAUGGGAUUGGGUAUUUUUUUACUUAUUGCUUUAUGUGUUUAUGAUACCAAGUUCGCUGAUUACCCCAUUUUUGCGUUGCGUUCCCUGAAAGACCGUACUGUAUUAGGCGCAUGCAUAUUGAUUUUCCUGUACUUUAUGUCCUACUUUAUUUUUUCAAACUUCCUCACUUCGUAUUUACAGGUAACGCAUGACUUUUCUAUAGAUUCUAGUGGCUUAAUUGUCAAUGUCUUUGUUUUUUCUAUGACCACUUCUGCUAUUUUCUCCGGUUUCCUAAUGAAAAAGUUUGCAAGGUUUAAAAUAUUAUUGAAGUUUUCUGUUCCCUUGUACCUUCUUGGACUUGUUGGAUAUAUUCUUUUUGGAUUCGAUAAUGAAAAUACCAAUGUUGAGAUGAUCGUCUUUAUGCUAUUUCUUGCUGGUGUUGGAGGAGGGUUGCUUACUCUUAGUGCUCAGGUGGCGGUUCAAUCCGUCUCUUCUCAUACAAAAAUAGGUCAAAACUUAACACUGUAUCUAACCUUUUCUUCUGUCGGUGGUGCCUUUGGGUCUGCUGUAGCAGGUGGUGUUUGGAGCAAGAAGCUUCCCUACAGGUUAUUAACAAGCCUAGAUGGAUUAUUACCCGUUCCUGAAAUCGAAUCUAUCUUCCGAGAUUUACGAACUGCUCUGUCUUACCCGCAAGGCUCCCAUAUACGAAAUUUAAUUAAUGCAGCAUAUUCUUCUACUCAAAAGGACCUGUUUCAAGUCUCUUUAAUUUUUUCCGUUCUGAUGAUUAUCGGUCUUUAUACAAUUAGAGAUGUUUCUUUAUCCCCUGAAUCUCGAAAUGAACCAGCAGAUUAACAACCAUUAUGUUCCCACAUUAGAUAUACUGGAUAUUUCUUCCCCUCUUAUGCAUGUUAUGGAUUGUUAUAACUUAAAUACCUCCAAUUUUCAACAAUAUUCAUUCGUUUACUUUUUCAAUUCCUUUUUUAUUGGAUUUUUAUGAAUAUUUUACCUUAACAAAUUUUAUAUUAGUCAAAUACGUUCAAUCACUGUACCCUUUUUUUUGUCUGCUUUUCUGACGUAGAUGAUUCUCCUUCCCAAUUUCUUUUUUCAGUAGUACCACUGGUAGCAUACAAACGCUGUAUAGCUUUAGAAACCAUAGACCUUUUUGCCUUCCAUAAAUCCCUAUCUUCGUAUGGAUGAUCAAAGUUGUGCAGAUUAUCUGGAGGAUGAAACCAGUAAUUGAAUGCAACGUGAAUACUGCUUUCACCUUCUGCGCUUGAAGACGUAACUUCGUGAAACCAACUCGCAGGCAAAUAAAACAUAUCUCCAGGCUCCAAGUCUACGACUAAGGGAUGUGUCUUUGAUAGAGCGGUUCUUUCUUCUUCAGAAGGUAUAAUAUCCUUGGCGUUGUCGAAGCCCAUGUACUUGUGUAAUCCAGGAACUGUAAUUUUCGUAAAAUGAUCAGGUAGUGAUGGCUUCUCAUUUCCGGACUCAGAAACUUGUUCUUCGCUAUCCAAUUGAUCUCCGCCAUCUGCAGAUGAGAAGCCUUCAUCAUUCUCGUUCGAGGAUUUAUCCAGUAAGCUAUCAGCAUCACCUUCUUGCAAUUCAUCCCAAUCCUGUGCUUCUCCACCAAGCUGCAUCUGAAGGACAUUGUCCAUUUCUGCUUCAUACUCGGCCUCUAACCUUUGAAUGAUGUCUUCAGAAGCUUGGAGUUCUUUCAAGUCAGAAAUUUUCAUUUCCAGGAACUGAGUGUGAGCGAUCGCAGCAUCUAGUUCUGUUAAACCAUCACUACGUUGAGGACGAUCUUCACCUUCAUAAGAAAUAAGCCCAUUUUGAUGAAUCUUAGAUAUUUUUCCAGCCAACUGAAGAUGAAGCGCACUAUCAGGGGAAAGAAUUACAAAUCGCUUGUGUCCUUUCACAACGGUAUAGAUGUUGUCAUGAAAAUCAUGGUGAAGACCAGAAGACGUGCCGUUCUCACUUCUGCCAAUCCAGAUAUUACAUUGCUGGGGAACAAGAUUUCCCAUUAACGCAGGAGUCAAAGAAAAAUCAGACAAUAAUUUGUCCGUUGGUGCUGGGCAAAGUGACUUAACAAGUAAGGAAACUUCGUCAUCACCAUCCAGAACAUCAUCUGAGUCAUCGUAUUGAGUUGUCAAAUACAGACGCUCUCCUGCUUUUAUGCGUUGUAGAAAUUCUGCAACGGUCAUCUCAUUACGACUCAUCCCCUGACCAAAAGUCCCAGUAGAAGGAUCCAUAGGUUCAAUCUUGCAUACGCUUUGACCAAUCUUUUCAAGAAGGUAAUCCUCUUGUUUCCAGAGAUAGCCCUUCCAAUCUGAUUCUGGGAGAGAAGAUUUUAUAACCACCGGAACUCGCUUUGAAACAUAAUCUUUAUAAAAUUCUUCGGGAGAAAUAUGAUCUACAUUAUCCAAAACAGGAAUCUUAUCGUCUUCCUUCGGGGAGAAACCUAGAAAAAAGCAAGUUAGUGAAUGUCAAUAUUAUGCUACUAUAUUUUUUACUUUACCACUGUAUGAGGAAACGGAAGAGGACAUAGUUUUUGAUUUUCAAUAAUAUAAACCCAUGAAAAGCUCUACUCCGAUGUCUUUGGUGAAAAUAAUCGAGAAGUAGUAUAUUAGUCGUCAGAACGCAAAUUCUAAGAAGUAUUCAAGAAGGUUGAAAUUGAAAAUCCUCGGUAUUAUCAGAGAUGAAAAGAGCCCUAGGAAUUAUAUGAGCAUUGAGCUUCUACUCAGUUUCAUACAUACUAUAUCCUUACACAAGUUAAUAUUUCCCUGCUUUUUCGUAUGCAUAAAACAAACCACC